AUGCCUGAACAGAACCCACUCACGGCUAGUAUCGAGCCAUCCGUCAGGGAUGCCGAAGACGUCCGCGCACGUAGGCGACACAACGCUUCUAUCUUGAUCAAUACUAUACCUGUUGAGAUUCUUGCCAUCAUCUUCCGCUUCCUCGUUGUCUUUGCACCCCCUGGCCAGCGCGCUCCUGGCGAUCUGGGCUGGAUCACGAGAGCGACGCAUGUAUGCUCUCACUGGAGGGAAGUAGCCCUUGCAACACCAAGACUCUGGUCAACCCCUUCUUUCGUAUUAUCACAGAAGUGGGCACAUGAGAUGCUCGCCCGGGCAAAGAACGCGCAUCUCUCCCUUAGGCUCGGCGGCCAUUUCGUCUGGCACUCGAGUUGGCAGGUGCAGUUUGCUGUGAACAUCAUCCGAACUCGGAUGGACACAAUCCACCAUAUAUCACUAUUUCUUGAGCGAGGUCUUUUGCACACGAUCGACUUUUUCCUCCACCGGCCGGCGCCUCAACUUCAGGAAUUUGUCGUGGACGUAUCGACACCUCAUAUUGGUUCGAUCGAACGCAAUCCAGUCAUGCUUUCCGCCGCAUUAUUUGCCAGUUCGGCCCCACGCCUACGCCAGAUCAUGUUGAAAUCCGCAUUCCUUCCGUGGGAUUCACCCCCAUUCCGCGAUCUCGAGCGGCUCUCUGUCGAGUUUGAUCAAUCUACCUUCCUCGGCGGCGACGAUGAGACAAUUUUAGAACGACUCGAAGAAGCGCAUCCGGCUUCUAUUUCCAAUACCCAACUCAAGAAGGCAUCAGCUCUUGCGCAAGUCAUCUCGAGGGAUGUCUUUCAGGGCGGUUCCCCCGUGCUCUCUCACACAGCAUCUGCCGUCUACUCUACUAUCGAAGAGAGUGACGAUGAUGACACAAAAUCGGUCAUCGCGACCCCAUCCUUCACAGAAAUACUCGGCAUCUUGCGAAAUUCACCAUUUCUACGCACUUUGGCAUUGAUCAGGUCCAUGCCCUCGCGUACAACAAUGCCGGAGGAGCAGCACGGCGCUCCCAUAGAACUUCUCGAGCUGGAGGAGAUAUCCCUCGAGGGACACGUGCUCGACUGCGAAGCUAUGCUCAACACUAUCAUGACUCCGUCGCUGCAGUCGCUAGCUAUCUCAUGCCAUUGGUCCUGCGACGAUGCCAGGAUCUGCUGGCCGAUCAUCUCCCGCAUCCAGCGCUUCCUCGAUCAGCCCAACAUCAGGGUAGCACAGAACCCAGUCUCGCAUCUGGUUCUCUCAAUGAUCGGAGAAGGAUACGGCGUCGGCGUCAGUGUUCUGCUUCAAUUUCCAGAGGACAGACUACAGCAUGUGCUUGAUAUCGAGCUGUGGCGACGUUCGCACCAAGUUUAUUGGGACCGCACCAUCCUUAUCUCGCAUAUAUUUUCAACGCUUCCGCUGUAUACCGCGACCGUCAUGAGCCUAGAUUCCAACAAUGACAACGACGACGGUCUCGCAUUCCCAGACUGGCUUGCCUUCGCGCCGUACUUGCCGCACAUGAAAAUCAUCCGCAUACCGCAUUCAUGUCUGGAAAGAGCAUGGAGGGUUCUACAUACGCCCGAACUUUUUCCUACUCUGUGCGCGAUCGUGUUGUGCUUCCCGAUGGGCAGCGUUGUACCUGACGAUAUCGAAGAAGAUGACAAGGAGAACUUCAGACGUAUGCAGCGCGUACGCUAUGACGCCGGCUGUCCACCGCUAGCGAUCGUCUUCAAGUCAGGCGACCCGAUCCCAGGGAUAUAA